GUUUAUUUGAAGGUAUAAAGGCUCAUUUGUUGCUAUUUUAUUAUUUUUGUAGUAUUUCUGCUUUGCAGUCCACGACAUCCACGCUAACGUGGACAUUUGGAUUUGAAAUAUAUUUGUAAAUAAUGAAAUUCUGCUGGGAAAUCCUUGCUUGCUCUUAAUUGCUGAAAACCCGUGUGAUCGGUGGUUUACUAUAAGGCAUAUACGUACUGUACCGCAGAAAUAUUGUCCAAAUAGUACUAGAAUAACAUUCCCCUCUGUUUUGCAGUUUUAUGUAUAUAUUUAUUUUUUUCCACAAUAAUAGUUGCUGAAGUAUAAGGUAGACUGAUAUAUAUAUCUUAGAAAGAAUGUUAUGAGAACUCUAUACUUGUUUUGCAUGGUUCAAGUCGUGUGCCAAUUGAACCUUUUGUUGCAAGAUGUUACCGACCCCCCCCCCUCCACCCCCCCCCUUCUAACUGAACUCAUCAACUCGUGUUCCCAAUCCUAGUUUGCAAUUAACCUUUAUGCACACAUUCGCACACUGUUGUAAAAAGAAGAAAACACAAACGCAUUAACUGUGGCAAUAUUAGUGCUGAGGACUGAAAUAAGAAUCGCAAGCUAUAUUCGACAUGUUUUUGUGAUAUUAAAAAAAAAAACAGUGAAUACUUGGCUACACGUAGAUUUUUCCGCUGUGAAUAUGGUGAGAUCUCAGGCUUUCGGUCGUGGUUUGCGAGAGACAGGCGCGCAGCAUAUAGCAGCCUGCUGUAUUUUGGAGAGCAGCGUUCCCAGCUACAGUCGCCAUGCGCGGGGGGGCGGAGGGGGGCUGCUCCGGUCGGCGCCGCUCGCUGCUGCACAUGUGCGCGUCCAUUCGCGGUGCUCUUCCCUUUAAAAUUUAAACACGUUUGCCCUAAGAGAGUGCAAUCGAUUCAUUUUCUGCAAAACAAUGGAUGAGAAUUCUCCGAAGUGAUUAUUCAUGAUUAUGCAUUUGUUAAUCAUGAUUAGAUAUUUGGAUAACAAGCGUAUUUUUGUUAACGUGACCCGACGCUGUGGGGGUGAAACGGAGAACGUGGUUACUUCUGUAUAGCAGAAAAGUUUUAGCUUAGCAGAGGCGAUUGGGACCGGCCUAUCGAACAAGGACGACGUGUUUCACUCGUUUAUGCACGUUUUCGCUAUUAGCGAAGCCUGUAAAUAUUUAAUGUUGGUGUGGAGAAAUACUGUUAAUGGGGUUGACUAUGUUUUAAUUUCUUGUAAUGAUUUGUUUUCUUAUGUUUUACCAUCUAACAAUACGUCACCCUUCAUAAAUUUUAACGAAAAACAGCAUAAUGUUGCAGUAGAAGGGAAGGCAACACUAGUCUUCUUGCCUCUGAGUAAUUAGAACUCAUGAUAUUUACCAAAUAUUGUGCAUAGGAAAGUGUAUUUGUAAAGACGCUUUGGUUUCAUACCUUUGAAUUAGAUUUUAUAAAUAAAGUUGUUAAAAGCCUAUGAAUAAGUGUAUCGUAUACUUUCCCACGUUGCUUGUCCUAACAACUUUUUCUUGAGUAAUAACGCGGCAUGUGCUCAGAUAUGAGCACAGCCAAGUUUUUCCUGAGUAUUUCAGUAGGUUGGCUUGUUUGUACGGUGUUGUUUGAAUAGUUAAAAAAGCACAGUAACUUUGACGGUUUGUCAGUUGCCUUUUAUGUCCUCUACUAUGACCAUGUAUUUAUGGAAUAUAAGAAACUCAAAAGGGGUAAGGAACAAUUAGGGAAGAGGGGGGGAAAUUAACAUCUGAAUACAAACAACAAUGGGUGCGGUUCAGAUUGUCCUCAGUUGUGGUCAAUUUGUGAAUGAAAUAUCUGGAGUUCCUAGUGUAGUAGAAGGUUGGCAAAUUAGGCCAACGGUAUAGAGUGGCGUACCGUUUGAGUUUGCAGUUAACUGGUGUACAGAAAUAGACUUUGCAACAGUGCCUGACUGUUGCAUCAAGCCCAUCACUGCACUGGUGAGCCACCCAUAACUGGAAGUCGAGCAGGAAGAGCUUCGGUCAGCUGUCUCCAACCUGUCACGGAGAACGCUGACGUCAGGUGCGGUGUGCUCCCAAGGGACGGAACUUCAGGCGGGAAAUGACGACGGUACUGCCAAGGACGCGACUGGGCAAGCGCUCGCCGAUGGGCGCGCUGGUGACGGUCCCCUGCGGCGUGGCCGAGGGCCUGCAGGGGCCCGAGGGGGACGACACCGCCAUGGGUCCUGGGGCUGCAUCUGGAUUUCCGUCUCGCAGCCGAGUCAAACUGUACCCGGGACAGAAGGUUUAUCUGAUGUGCGGAGGGCGAGAGGUGGCGGGACUGGUGGAUCAGCACAACCACGUGGAUAAUGAGGUGUCCGUCUUCCUGCCCCAACUGGGCCAGCACUUUUUACGCAAGACCGAGGAUGUGUGGACCACACCCAUGUUUCAGCCCCAAGCAGCCGCCCCGUCUCACCCCGUGUCCUCCAGCAUAGACGUGCCAAAGAGCUGCAGGAGCCCCGAGUCGGUGGAGAUGGAUGAGAUGAUGGCAGCCAUGGUUCUGACCAGCCUGUCAUGCAGUCCCGUGGUGCAGAGCCCCACUCCGAAGGAGCACGCCCCAGCCUCGUGUGGAGUGGAGUGCGGUGGCGGAGAGCUCUCCGACAGCGGCAGCAGCGGAUGUUGGAGUUGGGACCGGGGCAGUAGCCCCGCCCCGUCCCCACCCAUCGCGGAGGGAGACGGCGCUCAGGCUCCCUGUGCCGACGAGGGCUUGGAAAUGGAGCUGGAGCAGGUGCUGUUUGAGGAACCCGCUCCAAGGAAACGCCGGAACUCCGUUAAGGUUGGCUACCGGUGUCUCUGGCCGAACUGCGGCAAGGUGCUGACGUCUGUGGUCGGGAUCAAGCGGCACAUUCGCACUUUGCACCUGGGGCACAGCGGCGAACCGGAGCUUUCUCGGAGGGAGGAGGACUUCUAUUACACCGAGAUCCACCGCGACGCAGAGCCCACGCCCGCGCCCGCGCCCCCGGCGCCCGUCGGCACGCCCACAUCCUCCUGCAUCUCUCCCUCCAGCCCCAUACAGUUGAUCCCUCCUGGAUCAGGACUUCGCCCACUGGACCCCCCCACACUGGGGACUCCACAGACCAGCCUGCUGAGCCAGUCCGCCCCGGGCUGUUUCUGGCAGGUCCAGUCGGAACACUCCUACCAGGCCUGCUCUCCCGUCCAAGUGAUCGCAGCUCCCGUCCCCUCAAACUCCUGUCACUGGACCUCCCCCGUCGCUGUGCUCCACACGACACAGGCCGCUCCAGUCCGCAGCCGCUCAGGCAGUGUUGGAGAGCAGUGGCUGCAGCAGCACAGCGCCCCCAUCAGGCCACAUGCAGCAAGUGGAUCCCCUCCUCGUGGCCAUUGCACCUCCAGGAAGGGUCGUGGUGAGGCCAAGAAGUGCCGCAAAGUGUACGGCAUCGAGCACCGGGACCAGUGGUGCACGGCCUGCCGCUGGAAAAAGGCCUGCCAGCGUUUCCUGGACUGAAGCGUCCAGCGCGAGAGACUAUGCCGGAGGAGAAGUCACCUCCAUAACAAAGACGCCGGCGGAGUAUAAGGGGUCACCUCUACUUACAGACUGUUUUCUGCAGCUCAGAACAUCCACGAGCACCUUUUUAUUUUUUUUAAACUUUUGUAUCUUUUUUGAUAUUUUUCGGAAGUGGGGCGGCUUUUUUAUAUAAGGGUCUGCGACCUGCAUGCGUGCGGUUCUGGCAGUCACAAAGGUAAUCCCUGUCACCACGCUCCCCAUCCUCAUUCCUCUUAGAUGUCUUCCGUUUGCAGGAGGGUGUUUUCUGUCCCACUCGAAGUGGACGUGAUCCCUGACCCCCCCCCAGCAGGUGUACUGAGGCACGUAGCAGAGUGCUGUUGUUAAUUAGCAAACCAUCAACCACUGUGCAUUGCCCAAGACCUACCCCCACCCUCGACCCUCCUCCCCCCAAAAAGCAAUCCAGCCAGACGUGAAGGUGCACAGCAAGGUGUCCACUUAACGCCGUUCGAGAACAACGAUUGAGUGCUUCCUGUUUUGGGGACGAACUCUUCCGUUUUUACCUGUUUUUUUGGGGGUGGGGAGGUUUAAGAACAAAAACCCGCAGACAGAUUGCCGAGGUCUGACAGUGGAGAACUGUUUAUAAAGAACAAUUUUUAAUGGGGUGCAAAUGACGCACCAUAAGGCCAUGCUUGUGUUUAUAUAGUCAGUGUAUUACUCCUGGUUUCUAAAUCUUUUUUCUAAGCAAGACAAGAAUAUAAAUGGUUGGUACUUCAAGAGCUCAAUCUUUUUGGGCUUGGUGAAUUGUGAUGUUUGUACUAUGACCUUGCUAGUGUAUAUUCAUAAGUACAUGCAGUAUUUCUUUGAAUAAACCCUUGCAGAAGUCAUGCCCCCCCACACAGUACUAAUGUUUCUGCAUGAUCUGAAAAAUUUAAGUACAUUAGAAAAGUAAGUGAAAUAUACUGUUUCGAACUUUUCUUUUUCAUAUCGAUGAAACACAUUAAGUCCCUUGAAGUGGCAGAAUCUCUGACAGAGGAUUUACCAUUAGCACCGUUAGAUAAAUUUGUGAAUGUAGGUUUAUCCUGCCAUAAAGUACCAGCAAGUAUUAGGCGUCACCUGUAAAAAUAAUAAUAGAAAAAGCCCAGUAAAUGGUUCCAUGGUGCAUCUAUCUAUUGUCAUAUAGAUAUAAUAUAUAUAUAUAUUUACUGUUCUUCAAAGCUUUCUAAGUACUGUUCCCAAAUUUCCAGGCAUCAGAAGAGAGAGAAACCAUUACAGUGACAAUAUAUGCUCAUUUUAUAGGCUUGUAGAACCAUUACGGAAAAAAACGGCCUUUUCUGGCUUCUUUAUGGUAGGUCAGGUCAAGCUUUUAGUUAAUGUUUUCUGUCUGUUUUGCUUUCCUGUUCUCCAGCAAUCCGAACUGUGCUGCCCAUUUGUGCUUUUAUGAAUCUGUGAUCAGGUGCGCGCUAGAUCUAGCUGCCUGAGAUCUCAAAGUUCAGUUAAAAGACCAAAUAACAAAUUAUUUCGAGGUGCCAAUUGUUAUCAUCCCACAUUUUUAAAUAGGGGACUUUAAGUUUUGCCCAGAAGCUGCUAAUCUGCAUGGUAAUGAGAUUAUUAGCCAAACUGUCCAGUGUCCCCUUGUGUAACUAGUGGUCAAACAUGUAUGUAUAUUUUUCGUUUGCACUCAUCAUUUUGGAGGAAUUAGUGAUUGUAUUCUAUCGAGACAAUUAAGAUCAAGCCAGGUAAUUGGUCAGAUUAUUUUCCAACAAUUGGAUAAAGAUAAUUGAAGGUAAUUUAAUACCCAAGUACUGUGUUAACUGUGUUAAAAGUUAAACUGAAUGUUCCAGAAAGACUAAUUAUUCCACAGAAGCAAAAACACUUACUAUUCAUAUAUUGUCAUUAUAUAUAUGUAUCUUGAACAUUGUUUGUAAAACUACGAAAAAAAAUGAAAAAUGUAUAAAAAUAAAAAUUUUGUGGAUCAUUUUUUCUAUGUAAUGCCGUAAAUGAAAUGUUUGUCAUUCUCAUGUUGAAAUAAAUUUUAUACGGAUGA